AUGGCAUCAGACAGUGAGGUAAAAACCCUACUGAACUUUGUCAACUUGGCCUCCAGUGACAUUAAAGCGGCUCUGGAUAAAUCGGCCCCUUGUCGCCGGUCAGUUGACCACAGAAAAUACUUGCAGAAGCAGCUGAAGCGAUUUUCGCAGAAGUACUCACGGAUCCCCCGGUGCCAGCCCAGCAAGCCUGCCGAGUGUGGCUGGCGCAGGGGAGCAGAGGAACGGGGCCGUGGCCCCCAGCCCGAGGCACCUGACCCUGGCCCCCACGGCAGGGCUGCUGCUGAGAAGGUGCUGCAGGCGGGCGAGGCAGAGGAGACUCUCGCCAGGGAACGCGUUUUGCAGGAGCAAAACCCUGAGGCCUCCAGGCCAGACCAGGUGCCCAUGAGGAAACGACAGCUCCCUGCCUCCUUCUGGGAAGAGCCACGGCCGGUCCAGAGCCUGCCAGCCAGGGUCUUUCCUGAAGGGCUCCCGUCCCCCAGGGACCCUCUUCUCUAUGAGGGGAAGAAAAGCAAACGGAGCCCAGACAUUGCCGGCCCAGAGAGCUCCCCUGAGCCUUCCUCGCAUGCUGGUGAGAAGGACCCUGCUGAGGUCCUCUCAAGCCGGGUGGGCUCCUGGACCUGCUGCCCUUUCCCCUGCCCUGGGCCAGGGGUAUACCAGCCCCCGGGUGCAUUGCCUCCUGCGCCCUUCCCGGGGCUGGGGCUGUGGACGAAGAGUGCAGCUCUGCUGCCAGCAGAGGUGCCGCACUUCUGCAAGGAGGCUGACAGCGUGGGGCAGAAACUCUACAGGCCUGUGGUUUUGAAACCCAUCCCCACCAAGCCCACCAUCCCCUCACCCAUCUUCAACGUUUUUGGCUAUCUUUAG